AUGAAAAUCGUUAUUGAGGAACUGCACUCAAGGGGCCACCAAGUUUCUGUUGUACGAGCAUCAGACAGCUGGUACAUCAAGGAAAACUCCCCGUUCUACACUUCAAUUACACUCAAUGCAGAGUCUGGAUUUGAUGAAGAAUUUUUAACUGCGUUUGUGACCCAGUUGCUGGAAAUCCAGAGGGAAGGAAAGUCUUUGUGGACACGUCUCAAACUGGAAAUUGAAGUGGCACAAAAGUCUGCUGAAAUGAACGAGAAAGGAUGCAAAAUGAUUGAGCUGCUUUUUGAAAACAAAGAUCGGAUGCAGUCACUACUGGAUGCCAAAUACGACCUUGUCCUUGCAGACCCUGUUUCACCAAUCGGUGUUAUAUUUGCACACUACCUCAAAUUGCCUCUUGUUUUCAAUGUCAGAUGGACGAGUCAUGGUGAAGGUCAUUCUGCAAUUGCACCUACUCCUCUUUCUUAUGUGCCAUUGGUAGGGUCCGAGCUGUCAGAUAAAAUGAGCUUUCCUCAGAGACUCCUUAACAUAUUCGCAGACUAUUUAUCCCUGUUUCAAGCGGCAGACAUUUGGCUGAUGAGAGCGGACUUUGUGUUUGAGUUCCCUCGUCCCACCAUGCCUAAUGUUGUCUAUAUGGGAGGAUUCCAGUGUAAACCUGCAAAACCUCUUCCUGAACACCUGGAGGAGUUUGUGCAGAGUUCUGGAGAGCAUGGAGUCAUUAUAAUGUCUCUGGGAACCUUAAUUGGAGAGCUUCCCCGUGACCUAGCUGAUGAGAUUGCUGCAGCUUUUGCUAAAUUACCUCAGAAAGUCAUCUGGAGAUAUAAAGGUAAAAGACCAGCUACUCUGGGCAACAACACUUUGAUAGUAGACUGGAUGCCACAGAAUGAUCUUUUAGGACAUCCCAAGAUGAAACUUUUUGUGGCUCAUGGAGGAACAAACGGCGUUCAAGAGGCGAUAUACCACGCAGUACCUAUCCUAGGACUUCCAUUAAUUUUUGAUCAGCGUGAUAAUCUGUUAAGAAUUGAGGUAAGAGGAGCAGGAAAGAUGAUUGAUAUUUUUAGUAUGAAUGAAGACAUCUUCUUUCAGGGUAUUCAGGAAGUCCUGAAUGAGCCCUCCUACAGGAUGAACAUGCAGAGACUCUCCAGGCUGCACAGAGAUCAGCCAAUGAAGCCAUUAGAUACCGCCCUCUUCUGGUUAGAGUUUGUUAUGAGACACAAAGGUGCAGCUCACCUGAGAACAGAGUCCUACAAAAUGCCCUGGUAUUCCUAUCACUCUGUAGAUGUGAUGCUCUUCUUAGGUGGAGUCAUGCUGAUUAUUCUGGGCAUCUUUGCUGCUUUAAUAUGGUGCUUUUGCUCCCGCUGUCUGAGAAGAAAAAAUAAACAGGAUUAAAAAAAUUUUUAAAAAAUCAAAGUAGCAAUCACAAUUAAAUCUAAACCACAAUGACAAUGAUUUAAUGGAGAUGACAGAAAAAUAUUAACAAUUAGUGAAAAAAAAGGAUUCUUGUAAAAUAGUCAACAAACUUAAUCAACUAGUGCUUUAUAUUUUUUAUUCUAUCAACAAGGAGGAACACAUGUUUAGGGCUGAUUAAUUUGA